CCGCGCCCUCGCCUCUCCGCCUCCUGUCGCCACCGCAAGCAAGGCAAGGCAAUGCCGGCGGCGGCGGCCUCGUUGUUGCGGGCGGCAAACCGCGGGUAGAUAGGCGCCGAAUCUUGGGGAUGCCCGCCCGCCCCCUCAUAACAUUCUUCACCGCCUCCUUAUAAAAAUUCUCUCUUGGCGCUUGUGCUCCGCCGGCCCCCUCCAUAUAUUCGCUGCCGAUUGCGGGGUUUGCUCUCGGUCCGUCCUUGCUCUUCUCGCUGUUGCCGCUCUUGUUCGUUCUUGGUGCCGGUGCUGCUGGAUUGGUCUGCGUUCCGUGCCGGCCGCCGGAGAUGGAGAACGGGCACGCAGGCAGGCACCGGGUGGCCGUCAUCGGCAGCGGCAACUGGGGCAGCGUCGCCUCUCGCCUCCUCGCCUCCAACACCGCCAAGCUGCCCUCCUUCCACGAUGAAGUGAGAAUGUGGGUGUUUGAAGAAACAUUGCCAACAGGCGAGAAGCUAUCCGAGUCCAUUAACCAAGCACAUGAGAACUGCAAGUACUUACCUGGUAUUAAGCUUGGAGCCAAUGUUAUUGCUGACCCCGACUUAGAGAGUGCAGUCAAAGACGCCAAUAUGCUGGUCUUUGUGACUCCCCAUCAAUUUGUGGAGGGUAUAUGUAAGAAACUUGUGGGCAAACUAAGACCAGGAGUUGAGGCUAUAUCCCUCAUCAAGGGCAUGGAGGUCAAGAUGGAAGGACCAUGCAUGAUAUCAAAACUAAUUACCGAUACACUUGGAAUCAACUGUUGUGUCCUCAUGGGUGCUAACAUUGCAAAUGAGAUCGCUGUUGAGAAGUUCAGUGAAGCAACAAUUGGAUAUAGGGAAGAUAAAGAAGCAGCAAACCGAUGGGCUAAACUUUUCACCACUCCUUACUUCCUAGUUGCUAUUGUGGAAGAUAUUGAGGGAGUUGAACUAUGUGGGACUCUGAAAAAUGUUGUGGCGAUUGCUGCAGGUCUUGUUGAUGGCUUGGAUAUGGGAAACAACACGAAGGCUGCAAUAAUGCGGAUUGGUUUGCGGGAAAUGCGUGCUUUCUCUAAACUUCUGUUCCCUUCAGUCAGAGACAACACUUUCUUUGAGAGCUGUGGUGUGGCUGACCUUAUAACUACAUGCCUUGGUGGGAGAAACAGGAGAGUGGCAGAAGCCUUUGCAAGAAAUGGCGGCAAAAGGUCUUUUGAUGAGCUAGAGGCAGAAAUGUUGCAUGGGCAAAAACUGCAGGGGGUAUCCACUGCAAGAGAAGUCUAUGAAGUAUUGACUUAUCAUGGGUGGCAGGAACUGUUUCCGCUUUUAUCAACUGUACAUGAGAUCUGUAUCGGACAACUGCCUCCUACAUCAAUAGUUGAAUACAGGCUCGCUGAAGGUCAAUCUUGAAGAUGCCAUCAAGAACAAUUUGGGCUUUGUAAAGUUUUUCGAAGACCAAGCAUUCCAUUACCUUCCAAUUCCUGGCAAAGCAAGGCCCAGGAAGUUGUAGAUGCUAGAUGCUAGCUCAUUUUGUUUAUUCAUUUGUGGCAUCAUCUGUCACAUCUUACACAUGUGCUGGCUUCAGCAAAACCAAGCAAGGAGUCAUCACUUGUUUGUAACUGUUUGUAAAUCAUGCUUGUAAAAGAUCAGUGCUGUGCCUUUGUUGUGCUCGGCUGUUAAAUGUUUAUUAAGAGGUAACAUUUGCAUCAGCAGUCAUUA